UGAAACAUCUAGCUCUGUAGCGUCACGCUGCAGGGAGUUGCUUGGAAUGUAAUAUCAAGUCCAACCAGUUUUGGUUGAGUUAUUAAUACACAACAUUAUAGAUAGAGCACACAUUUUAUCAGCUGCAACACAUUUAGUUUCUUGCCUUCUGAAGUGGUUCUGUCUACAGCAUUUACGUUUGUGUGAGAAUGGCUGAUUGGAGUGGAUCAUCCAGAGAACCAGGGGGACAUCAGUUAAGAAGAAGAGGAAGUAUGACUGAACCUCCAAGCAUGUUUGGGAUUAAAAACGACCUGAGAGUAGUGCUCCUGGGGUCACACGCAGAUGUUAAAGCCUCCUGUGGAAACACAAUCCUGGGACGAAAGGCCUUUAUGAAGUCCUCCCUGAACCUGCUUGAGAGGCAUGAUGGGAUUGUUUUGAAGAGACGUGUGGUGGUCAUCAACACCCCCGAUCUGCUCAACCUCGUUCUCUCUCCUGAAGAACAAGAUGUGAAGAAAUUGUUCAAUCUGUCCGGUCCUGGUCCUCAUGCUCUUCUUCUGGUCCUGAAGCCUCAGUCAUUUACAGAUCUAGAAAAAGAAGCCCUCAAGCACAUUAACAUCAUUUUUGGUGCAGGCGCAUCAGAGUACGUGAUCGUCGUCUUCAUGCACGAGAAGUACAUCAGCGUCAGAGACUCUGAGUCUCUCCUGCAGACCUGCAGACGACCACACUGUCAUCUACAGAAGAAUGGAGACCAGUCACAGGUGCAGAAUCUUCUGGAGAACAUUGAGAAAAUGGUGGAGCAAAACGGUGGCCAUCACUUGAAGAUUUCUAAAGACCCCGGGACAAACAAAGCACCUCUAGAGCCCUUACAGAGGCCAGAAAUACAUGGAAAUUUGAAGAGAGCAAAAUCCACUCGUGCGAAAAAGAACUUGGAGUGUGUGAGGAUCGUUCUGAUUGGAAAAACCGGAGCUGGAAAAAGUGCUUCAGGCAACACCAUCCUGGGAAGCAAGGUGUUCGAAUCAAGGGCCGCGAUGAGAUCUGUGACCAAGACCUGCCAUCGAGAGAGAGGGACGGUCUGCGGUCGGCCCGUGACUGUGGUGGACACACCGGGACUCUUCGACAAAAGCCUCAGUAAUGAAGAGAUCCAGCAGGAGAUCAUGAGAUGCAUUGAUCUGUCGGCUCCUGGACCUCAUGUGUUUCUGCUGGUCAUCGCUGUCGGCCCGAUCACACGAGAAGAGAGAGAAACCGUUCAGCUCAUCAAGACGGCCUUCGGACAGAAAGCAGAGGCCUACACUAUGGUGCUCUUCACACGAGGAGACAGUCUCAAAGAUCAGAGCAUUGAAGACUGCAUUAAAGAAGAUCAAGAAAUCCAACAACUGAUCCGUGCCUGUGGAGGAAGAUUUCACGUUCUCAGCAACGAACAGAAAGACCCCGCUCAGGUGGUGAGUCUGUUAAACAAGAUCAAUAAGAUGAUGUGGAGUAAUAAACCCAGUUUCUACACUGACAAAAUGAUUCAGGAGCUGCUUCUGGAAAGAGAGGAGGAGGCCAAACGGGAGAUAGAGGCUAUUAAAGUCAAAUAUGAGAUUGAACUCAAAGAUAUUCAAAACCAAUUAGAGGAGGAAAAAGCUAAACUGAAGGUAAGCGAUCUUCUGUUUAAUGAAAAUUUGCAGAGCAAAAUGUUGAGAAAGUAUGAGGCGGGAACAACGAAAGACAGCGGAGUGACAACAGAUACAGAACAAACGCAGGAGAAAACUAAAAAACACUCUGAGAAGGAGAAGAGCGAUUACGAGAAAGAGCCAAUGAAUAAGCAGAAAAAUCAGCUUUUGGGAACAACAGGCGUUGACAGACAAAGAACAGAAACCGUAGAAGAAGCAAGAGAAAGAGAAUCGGACCAAGAGAAAAAGCAACACCAUCAAACAUUUCUACGUUUCGGAGAACUGAGGAAAAGUGCAAAAAAAAGGGGGCAAAAAAGUGAAACGAGGAUGAAAGGAUAUGAAGCAGAAUGUGAGAAGGAGAAAAAAGAAAACCCGACAUAUAGCGUAUAUACAGAUCAACAAGAUACUUGUAUGAACCCAGGAGACCAGACUGACUCGAUGAAAAAGACAGAAAACAUGGACUUGCCUCAAAAGAAUGAAGGCCAGACAGACACGGACAAAGAGAAACUCCUGCUUCAGAACAUCGAGGAACUAAAUCACAAGAUGGAGGUGCUCUCGUUGCAGUACAGAACAUUUACAGAAAGACAUUACGAAGAACUUAAGAAAAAUGAAAAAGUUGGCACCAAGAAAAGGAAAAAAAAUCCUUGUGCGGUUCACUAACAGACGCCUGCAUGAUAUAUGUAUUAAUAACUACAUUUACUGCAUCCGCUGUGGCCUUUUCCAGAUCUAUAUGUAAGGGAAGGGCUGAUGUUUAAGAUUGAAGGGCGCAAAAGUAAACAAUUAUACAUAAAACUUUGAUCUGAGUUGAAA